GUUUGUAGCUCACCUUGUUUUUGGCCGAAAUAGUUGCGUGACAAAAUGACGCGGUCGACGUGGUCACAUGGGAGGAGCACGAUGACGACACAGGAGUGGGAGGAGGUGGAGGAGGAGGAGGAGGAGGAGGAAGCACAAUGGCCGCCGCCUCCUGCGUGUGUCACGGCCUGCGUCACGACACACGCCGGGAGGAGUUUUCCACUGACGCCAGAAAAGCUCGAGUGUUUCUCCGCCGAGCUCAGACGAGCAGACUCUCCGUCGCCGCCAGCAGGCGCACGAAAUCGGCCACGACCCGCGCGGGGAUCCUUUCAUCUUUCCUCCCCUGGUCUCGUCCCGUGGAUAAACGCCGUCACGUUCUCGUCCCGUGGAUGAACGCCAUCACGUCUCAUGCUGCCCGGACUGCGCCGCUGAUCGUCAUGAGCGCCAUGAGCGGGCUUCUCAAGAGGAAGUUUGAGGAGGUGGACAAGGACCCGUGCUACUCCUCGCCCUCGCCCUCCUCCCUCUCGUCGGCCUGCUCCGCCUGGGACUCCGAGGGCGAGAGCUGCUACUCCGACACUCUGGAUUCCACGCCCAGCAACCCCGGCUCGCCGGCAACCGCACAGUUCACGGCCACCUCCAUCCUCAAGAAGUCCAAGCGAGCGCGGCGCAGCAACGUGACCUUUGACCAGGUGACCGUCUUCUUCUUCCCCCGAUGCCAAGGCUUCACCAGCGUGCCCAGCAGGGGGGGCUGCACCCUGGGCAUGACGCCAAGGCACAGCGUUCAUCGCACUUACACCCUGGCAGAGUUCGCCGCCGAGCAGCGGCUGCUUCGCCGGGAGAAAGUCCUCAAUAGGCUGCGGGAGGAGAAACUGGAGGCCCUCAAAUUGAAGCUGACAAAAAACGGAACGCAGGACAGCGAAGAGGCGGAGCGACUGACGGUGGACGACGUCCCCGAGCAGGACGUGGACGUGGGCGCCACCAACCUGGAGGAGGGCUCCUUCCUGCAGCCAUACCCGUCGAGGCAGCGCUACGCUCUGCUGAAAGCCGCCGGCGUGAAGAAGAUCGACAAGGAGGAGAAGCGGCAGCUGCACGACUUGAGGCUCUCCAGAGAAAACUGCGGCUGCGACUGCCAAGGCUUCUGCGAGCCCGAAACGUGCGGCUGCAGCCUGGCGGGCAUCAAGUGUCAGAUGGACCACUCCUCCUUCCCGUGCGGCUGCACCAAGGACGGCUGCGGGAACACGGAGGGCCGCAUCGAGUUCAACUCCACCCGAGUUCAGACGCACUACAUCCACACCAUCAUGAAGCUGGAGCUGGAGAAGCGGCUGGAGGAGCAGCCCUGCGCCAUAAGCUCCGCCCCUCCCGCGCCCUCCUUCCCCUUCAGCUCGGAGCUGGCGUGCGCCGGAGACAACAGCUGCAGCAGCGACAUGACUGAUGCGUCGGACUCGUCGGCGCAGAGCGAGGACUCGCUGAAUACGGGACGCCCGUGCGAGCGCCGCAAUACUACGCAGGCGGACGAGAAAGGCCUGAGCCGCACUCUCGGUUUUAGCGAGAGCAGAGACAAGGACGCCGCGGACGCUCGGCGGCGGGCGGCGACGGCGGAGACGUUCAGCAGCUUCAGCAUGGCGGACUUUGCGGACGAGAACGACAACAUCGACGUGUCGCUGCUGGACGAGCACGCCGACAACCGAGCCGCCUCGGAACUCCUGGACGAGAACGCCAACCAGGGCAACGGGCUUUUCCACGGCAGCGUGCCGCGCACGCCCUCGCCCAGCGUGGACCGCUCGGCCAGCUACAACAUGGACCUGAGCCUGUCCUCCGAGUCGGACUUGGAGUUCUUCGACGGCUUCCCCUGCCUGGGACCCAGCUCGCUCUACAACUCUCUGAAGGAGUACGAGCACAUGGACAACUUCUUCCACUUCCAGCUGCCCAGCUACCCCGCCGACCCCGGCACCUGUCUCCUGGAGUCCCUCAUCGGACUCUCCGAGUCCGUCCCAGAACCUCCCGCCACUUUUACGGACAAUCAGAUGUUGGAGGAAGCCAUGAAGUUGUCUGUCAUGGAGUCUGCCAAGGCGUAGGACUC